UUUUUUUUUUAACUCAGAAGCAAAUGUUUAGAAAACCAAAAUAAAAAUAAAAAACACAUAACAAAACCAAAAUAAGGAGAGAUUUAGCAAUUCCAAAAUCCUUCAACCACUUUUUUUUUGUUUAACCAGCUCUCUCUCUCACUUCUCUCUCCCAAAAACUCCAUUUUUCUCUGCAAAUCCCAAACAAACCCUAAUCUAAAAUCUUCAAACUUCUCCGCCGUUUCUACCACCGUCAAUGUGGCGGCCGUGGCGUAAAUCGUCGGUUAAGAUUCACGACACAUACUCUCCCACCACCGCUUCCUUCAAAGACAUUCACCAUCUCUGCUCCGACGAUUCACCUUCUUCUUUCCCUCCUUCUCCUUGCCCUUCUCCCAGAAACGCUUCUAGAGUCUUCCACCGUGUCCGCGCUGCUAAUUUGAUCCUCAAAUCCUGGCCAACUCGUCAAUCUAAUCACCUCCUCCGCGCAGAUUCCGAGCCUAUCAACAAUCUACGCCGGAAUCCGAAUCCGGAAUCGGAUUCCAAACAAACAAAGGCCAAAUCCGAGCCAGAUGUGCGAAUUUCAAUCCCAGGCGCGGAGAACAGCAUCGUCGUCUACUUCACAAGCCUCCGCGUGGUUCGUCCAACGUUCGAAGCCUGCAAAUCCGUUACAUCGAUCCUCCAAAGCUUCCCCGUACGAAUCGACGAACGGGAUCUCUCAAUGGACGCGUCUUUCUCAACAGAGCUACAGCGGAUCUUCGGGAAAGACCAGACGAAGACGCCGAAGCUUCCGCGAGUAUUCAUCGGUGGUCGUUACAUCGGAGGAGAGGAGGAGGUGAAACAGCUUCACGAGAUCGGAGAGCUGAAGAAGCUUGUACAAGAGUUGCCGAAGAUCGAGCGAGGGGUAUGCGAGAUGUGCGGAGGUCAUAGAUUCGUACCGUGUAAGGAUUGUCACGGUAGCCAUAAGGUGCAUAAUGAGAAAUUAGGAUUCAGAACUUGCUUAGCCUGCAACGAGAAUGGUCUCGUCAGGUGUUCAUCUUGUUCCUUCUCCACAUCUCCACCCUAAUUCCUAGUUUUUUUUCUUUUUCUUAAAAUUAAUUUACUACACGAAGAAGAAUUGGAAUAAUUAAAUAUUUUUGUUUUUUAAAUCUAAUUUUUCGGAAGUUUCCAAUUUGUAUAAUUCGAAACGGAAAAUGGUAGUAAGGCGCCUUCAGAUUGGUUUUGGAUAAUUUUGAGGUUCGUCAAAUGAUAUUUUAUGAUAAUAAAAAUAUCAUUAGAUCA